AUGUUACCACGCAUGGAGGAAAGUAAGUGGUAUCAGCUCUUGAUAUUUUUUGUUGAGUAUUCAGCAGUACUUGAAGAUCCAAUUCCAGAUGAGGAUCAGAUGAAUUUUGAUCCUGAUAACCUUUGGGGAAUAUCUGUUCCAGCUGUAUGCGCUUUAAUGACAUCGAAAUCCGAGACUCUAUACAAGCUUGUUUUUUCCAAAAUAAAAGAAGUUUUAGAUUUCUCUCCAGCCACCAUUAUGUCAGAUUUUGAACGAGGACUACAGAAUGCUUUAAAAACAACUUGGAGUGAAAGCUUGGUGAAUGGUUGCAGUGGUUUGGAUGAAAACUCAAUGAAAGAGGAUGGUGAGAGUCUUCCUUUGCCAACUUCUACUUCAACAGAGUCACCGAAAUGCGUUGUUUGUACCGUCAAUGAACGAAAUGCAUUAGUAAUGCCUUGCAGACAUUUUUUGUUUUGUCAACCCUGCAUUCAACAAGUCCAAAAAAGCAACAAAACUCAUUGUCCCACUUGCCGAGGACCAUUAUCAUCUAUAAUUGAACCUUUUCAAUGA